AUGGCCCUACUUCCCCCACACAAUGGCACCGAAGCAACUGAGUUCAUCCUGCUGGGACUGACCAGCCAACGAGAGGUGCAGCCUAUCCUUUUUGUGGUGUUUCUCCUGAUUUACCUCAUCACCCUGACAGGGAACUUGAUUGCAUUAAUCAGACUCACUCCCCGGCUGCAAACACCCAUGUACUUUUUCCUCACCCACUUAGCAUGCGUGGAUAUUUUUUAUUCUACUAAUGUCUCUCCUCAGAUGCUUGUUAAUUUCCUCUCUGAGAAGAAAACCAUUUCUUACACGGGGUGUCUGGCCCAGUGUUUUAUUUUGGUGACUCUGCUCCUUACUGAAUAUUACAUGCUUGGUGCCAUGGCCUAUGACAGGUACAUGGCUAUCUGCCAUCCCCUGCAUGUAAGAGCAGAGAUGUCCAGGCCACUUUGCAUCUGCCUUGUCACUUUUCCCUACCUCUGGGGUUCUCUGGUGGGCACAAUGCAGGUAAUAUUGACCUCUCGCUUGUCCUUUUGCGGACCUAACGUCACCAACCAUUUCUACUGUGCUGACCCACCCCUCCUCAUGCUGACAUGUUCUGACACUUACAUAAAGCAGACUGCCCUGUUUGUGUCUGCGGGGAUUAACCUCACUGGUUCCCUACUCAUCAUCCUCAUCUCCUAUGUUUUCAUUUUCAUCACCAUCAUGAGGAUCCGUUCCAGUGAAGGGCAGUGCAAAGCCUUCUCCACUUGUGGCUCUCACCUGACUGCUGUCACCAUGUUCUAUGGGUCCCUAUUCUGCAUGUAUCUGAGACCAGCAAAUGAGCAGUCUGUAGAACAAGGGAAAAUUGUGGCCGUGGUUUGUAUCUUUGUGAAUCCCAUGUUGAAUCCAUUUAUCUACAGCCUGAGGAACAAAGAUGUGAAACAGGCUUUGAGAGCAGUGUUUGUGAUAAACCUUUGUACAGUGGAGAAAAGGUCUAUUUUGACAGUCUCCCAAUGA